AAAAAAAUUGUGAUUCCAAUUAAACAGAUACAAAAGAUUAUAAACAAAUCUUAAUUAGUGUUUUAUGCAAGUAAAAACUUGAUCGAUUUAUAAAUAUUGAAACACUAUCACCACAUAGUGGUGAAAUGGUGGAAUUAAUCUAAACUUGUCAACAAGCAGAGUGUUACCAUCUAUUGUAUUCGGUUAAAAACAUUGACUAGAUUUUUAGUUAAUAUUAAAAUCAAAAUCGCAAGAGAUUACGACUUCUGGGAUGCAAUAUAUAUCGGAAUAUAAUUAUAAUUGAGCGAACAGUUAGCAAAUGAAAAGAGUAGUACGGCAUGAAAAAAUAUUGAAUGUGAAAUUUAUGCCUCACCUGUAGUUUCAGCUAGAAAAUAAUAGGUAGCGCAGUAAUUUUCUACAGAAGAGGUUAUAUAUUGUUUCUUUUUAAGCGGAUAAUUAUUUACUGUAACAAUGACAUCUGUCAAAGAUCCAUUAAGAGAAGAUGUUCAAAUUGAACAAUCUUAUAUGGAAAAUUCAGCAGAUCAUAACUCAAGAUGUGGAUCGCCGAAACGAGGAACUACGCUUUCGACAAGCACAAGUAGCUUCGAAGCAUUGGAUCCCCAUGAUCCAAAUCUUAGUCGUUUAGCUAAUACGAUGUUUCAAAAAACUGGUGAAUAUUUGCAAGAAGAACUUACUUCCACUCAUGCCGAUUACCGCUUAUUAGAACGCUUAAAUAAAGAAACUAUUGCGAAAUAUACUGAAUUGAAGACAAUAUCCUCUAGUGUAGCGCAAUCUUUGGAUUCCUUAAAUGAGAAAUAUAAAAAAUUACAGCCAAUCUUAGAUAAUAUCAAUGAAAUUGACGAUAGUGUAACCAAGUUAGAACAAGCUGCAUAUAAAUUGGCAGCGUAUUCAAAACGAUUAGAAAUGAAGUUUAAGGACAUUGAAAAAGAUACCAAAAGCAAAUAGAACAAAUAAUUGAUCAAAAUUAAAAAUAUAUAUAAAUAUAAUUAAUUAAUAAAUUAUAU